AUUCUAAUGUUUAUUUAGUUUUGUUCUAUUUUGCAUAUCACUAUUAUGUAAGAGCACAUAUUAUUCUAUAAAAACUUAUGAACAGAAACCUCAAAAAUAAUAAUAAUCUUCUUUAUCGGUGUUUUGUCUGGAUAAUUAUAAUUAAUAUGAUUUUUAUCUAUGCGUACGUAGAUUAUGGAUUUUGAAUUUGUUAAAUUUCUUGUUUUUUUAUUGUAUGUCUAUAAUAAUGUUAAUUCUUGGUUUAGAAUUUUAAUGAAUUGAUUAGUCACUAUAAUUUCACUUUUUGGAAACUGCUAGAGAUGACAUCUGUAAAACUGACAUGCAUCUCAGUUCAUGCGUUGUCGACAACUCCCUUCUUUUCUUUGGUAAAUCGAGACAGUAUACCUUUGUUUCGGUAGAAGGAUCGUGGAAGCGUAUAAAAGGCGGUGAUAUCCAUCAUCUCACUUGAACGUGUUGGAUCCAACCUUGUUGGAACUGUCAAGUCUCAUGUACAAGCUGUGCACCAAAGCCAAACUCAUCUCGGUUUGAGGGCGCGUUUCCAACCCAUCUCAGUCUGAUGAGAUGCUUAUUUAUGGAUUCUUCUUUUGCUUUCAUCUCAGGAAACUCUUUUCAUGUCUUUAGUUUCUAGAUUAUAGAUUAUAGAUUAUAUAUGUUUGUGUUUUCAUGAUUGAAUAAACAUAUUGUUUACUUUUGAAUUGAACACUUUCAUGUAUUUGCUUCGAUGUAAGGAAAAUGAUAGUUGUAUUCAUACAAUUGAUGUUUAUAAGCAUAUGAAACCAAUGAAAAUAAGUAUAUUGAUGAUUCUACUUAAUAUAAACAUGUGUUAAAUCAUAUCUUGAUAUCAUACAUUUGGGUAGAAAUUUAACGAGCUGUAUAUGUAAGAUUAUGGGGCUGAAUUUUCAUGUGUUUUGUAUGUUUAUAUUGAUUUGAAACAUUCUUUUUCCCCUCGACUUGAGACACAUUCCGUUUUUAUUUGUUUUCUUUGCUAUAUAUCUCAAGUGAUUAUUUUAUAGAUAAAGUUUUUAAGAGAAUUCUUUUUAAUUUUUAUGUUUUUUCUUCUAACUUUAUUUUCUCUAACAUUUUUCUUCUACAAAACAUAUAUAUGCAAAAACAUUUUUCUAAGUCAUGGUUUUAAAUGUGGAAUGGACUAAUUUUUUAAUUUUCUACUUUCUACUUUAAAAAUAAAUUGGAGUUAAAAUUUUUAAACAAGCUAUUAAAUAUCUAGUUAAUUGUUGUUUCUUUCUAAUUAUAUUUUAAUUACAGUUUUUAUAAUAUUUAAUCAAAAUUUUAUUAUUAAAGUGGCUAUGAUUAUUACUGGAAAUAUUUUUCAAUUAUUUAUGAUUGUUGUAAACUAAAAUCUUUAUAAGCCAAUAUGACAUUAUUAAGUAAAUUAGAUGUAUAACUUGUCCAUUUUCAUAGGUUCCGCAAAUUAAGAUUUCAAGAUCCCCUUUCUCUAGUCCUCGUAAAACACUCCAACUCGACAUUGGCCUAAUUGGCUGGGCCGAAUUGUCCUAGGCCGAGUUGUUGGUUGAUAUUGGGUCGAGCUCUGUAUUUGAUGGGUCUUGAUGGGGUAUGCAAUUCUUCUCUAACAUAUACAUUGUGAUUUUCAGGUUAUGAAUGGUAUGAAGAUGAACUAUGCAUUCUUUAACAUUCGAAAGAAAUUUUACCAUUCAUAAGAAAUAGUUUUUCUUUUUCGUUACUUCUCAUUCUUUUUUAUUGUAGAAAAAUAUAAAGCAAAUUUGUUCCUCACUAUAUAUGCUAAGGAAUUACCUUCUUCUUCAGUCAUAUAAUUUCAUUCAUGUUCGUUCUUUUCCUAAUAUGUUCCCAAUGUUCAAGUGAUGGUUACCAGUUAGACCAUAUGUGAAUUUCGUAUCAAAUCUGGCUAAAAAGGCUGAACGUUUAUGAUUUUAAGUGAAUAUUUUAAUCCAAUUUGGCUAAAAAGGCUGAAACUUUAAGUUUUUGAUUGAUCUUUUCUGACAUAUGCAGUGAAGGUUCCUGAGUUCUUGAGUGGAAUUGGAAGAGGAGUUGAGACUCACAUUCCAAAACUUGAAACCGCGAUAGGUGAUCUUUUGAAACUGCUUGUGGCUCGUACACUCAGACUCAAGAAGUUUGGCAUCCCAUGCAAACAUGUAAGUUUUAUCACGUCUCUCUUCUAAUGUAUGGUUUACACAGAUUGCGAUCGCAUUCUUUUGUAUUGUUGUUGUAGAAAAGUAGGACACUUAGGGUUUCAGAUUCUUUUGUAUUGUUGUUGUAUUCUAUCCUAGUACUGGAACUUGGGUUUAGCUUGCUAGUGGGGAGUAUCAUUAUUAUCACCCAAAACAAAAUGCUUACAUGUUUGCCUGUUCAUACUUCCAGUCACUAUCACAUGUUUUGAAUUCUGGUUUUGCAGAGAAAACUGAUACUAAAAUAUAGCCACAAAUACAGGCUAGGGCUAUGGAGACCUAGAGCUGACGCUAUAAAGGCGUGAUUGUUUCUUUUCUUCGUUCGGAUUGUUAUCAUAAUAGAGUUGUUAUCAAUUAAAAAGGCUCUUGGUUCAUGAGGCUCACAAAUGGAUUGGUGUCCCGGUUAUUAAGAACCAAACCGUUGGCCAACAAAGAGACUUGUUAAGGUCUGACAAUGAUUUGAGUAAAGAAGAAGAAAUGUAGGAACGUGCGUGAGAGAGAUAAGAAAAUGUUUUUUUUAACAUUAAGAAAAUGUUUUUGCUAUGUUUUUUAAUGAUCUCUUUGGAUAACCAUAAACAUAAGGUUUGUUGCAUAUUUAUGGGUUUCCUUUCUCUAAUAAAACCAUAAACGAAAGCCCACAAGGCCCAUCUUAUUCAAGACUCUAUCCACCAAGUGUUUAAGAUAACCAAACCAGAAAUCAUGUAAAUCAAUAUAUGCAUUUGGAUUCUCACAACUCUAAAAGACCACAUCAGCUUCUUCUAAUAACCACUCUUAGAUACCCUAAGCCUUAUCAAACCAAUCUUACUACCUAUAUUAUCAUCCAACUUUAUCACCACAAAACCAAAAGAAACAACAAAAACUUAUAGUUCUCUUGUAGCUACUUCAAAGAUGAUCAAAACAAUGUUCUACACCUUCUUUCGAACAAAACACCAAGAAGAAAACGCCAACAAUGAUCAACUACUUCCUCAAGAAAUCGAUAUCCGUCCCAUAACUCCUGAUCCUUGGGAUAUCACCAAAAACCUAUCGCCCCAUGAAGUAUGGUACGGAGGCAAACUCCAACUUCCAAUGUUGUAUAUCAAGGCUACUAUACUGAGACACAUACCAGAUGUCAUGUAUUUAGCACAUAUGAGUAUUAUUGCUCAUUUCGAUGUAAAGGUGAAUGAUCUCGAUACAAACACAGUCCACACUCUUUCAUUCUGGAAGGACAUUCAUGAAGAUAAUUUUGCUACGAGUGAAACCUGGAUCGAAGAAUUUGUGAAGAGGAGGAGUCUUGUGGCUGGCAUGGUGAUUGGUAUGUAUUGGGAUUUUAACGUUAACAUGCUUUGUUUCUCGGUGUUGGAAUGAAGGGUGUGGGUGAGUAGAUUCAAAAUGAUAUGUUAAAGAUCAUUGAUAUAUUCAAUAAAAAGUUUAAUGGCAUGUAAAACAAUAUAUUUUUUUUUUAUCUUGGGGAAGUAGGGGUGAUUAGAAAAUAAAUGUAUUAGAUUAUAUGUAGAACUUGUGUUUCUCUUAUGCAUUCCAGUUGAUGAUGAAUGGGAAUAUCAGUGUCUAUGACUUAUUUUUCUUUGUAAGUAUGCAUGAAUUAAACUUUGCAUUAGAAUACAAACAUAUAUUACAUAGUUGUUUCGAUACAGUUCAACUGUAACAGUUGCACGCCAAAAAAACUAUACAGAUAUUCAAAAUCUAUAUAGCAACGUCUUAAUUAACUGUAAAAUAUGUAGAGAUAAGUAAAUGACCGUUAAACUAUGUUAUAGUUAUUUCAGUAUCAUUAUCGUUGUGCACUAAAGAUAUAUAAAUAUAAAUAUUUAUAUAAUAAAAUAUUUAUAUAAUAAUGUCUAAUAACUGGUAAAAAUUUAAAGUCAUUAAACGGCCAUUAAAGUAUGUUCUAGUUGUUUCAAUAUUGCGCACCAAAAAAAUCUAUAUGAAUAUUCAAAAUAUAUAAAAUAACAUUUUAGUUAUAAGCCAAAUGAUAUAUUUAUAAUAAGAAGACAAUUUCUUUAUAUAUUUUGUCAAUUUUAUAAACUCGAGCUGAUUCAUGAAAAUUUACAUUAGCUGGUUUAAAAUAAAUUUUAAUUGUCUUUAAAUGUAUGUGAUAGGUGAUGCAAUUGUGUAUUUUAAAAUUAAUCAGAAUCCGCAACAUUUUAAUGUAUUAUAUAUUAUAUUUUCUUACAAUUUUAAUCAUUAAAAAAUAUUUAUAUUAAUUUAUGUUUUCAUAAUAUUAAAGAUAAAAUGAUAAAAUGAAGACAUUAGAAGUUUUCUUUCUCUCCAUUUGUAUGAUUCUAAUAUAUAAGCAAAAAGAAAAUAUAUAAACUUUUCAACUGGAACAAUCAAAACUGAAAUAUAUUUUACAUUUUUGGAAAUGAUUUGCUUUAAAAAAAUUAUUUAUAUAUAGGAUUAUGGGAUGCAUGAAUCUACUCUAUUAAAAUUACAUUCAAAUCCAAAUUCGGAACAUAAGAAAAAAAGGCUUGUCUCUAUAAAACAAAAGGAAACAAAAAAUUACCUGGUUUGACUUUCUUAAUAGACAAGAUGGAAAACAUAGAAAUUUAAUCCUGACUUUAUUUCCAAAAAAAAAACAUUUUCAUUCUUAUCUUUCCACUAAACAUUAUCUUUUGCUUAAUGGUUUUGGGCUUUCAAUUCAAUCAAAUCAUUUUUAUAUACGAGCUGGGCUAGAACGUUCACCUGCGUAUGUUUUUAAUGGGCUUUUAUGAACAAAAAAAUGGGCCACAAGAAAAACAAUGGAGGAUUUAGUAAGCCAACGUGGCUAGAUAUCAUUGGUGAAAUUAAAAUCUACGUGGCUUAAUCUCCCUUACACAAACCCUCUCUUCCUUUUUGCCCACUUGAGAGCUCUUUCGUGUUACGGUGAUGAACCACCAUAGUCAUAGAUAAGGUUUUUUUUUUUUAAUUUAUUCUUUCUGAUUCUCAUAACCAAAGAUUCUCUCUGGAUUUUUUUUUUCCUCUCCCUGAGGUUGAAAACAAUCUAGUGGCGAUGAAGCCAUAAGGGGAAAAGAAAAAAUAAUCCAGAGACGAUUCGAAUUCAUUUGAUUUUUUUUCUUUUGUUCUCGGAGGCUGCAUGAGCUUCUAGAAGCCGAA